CUUAGCUAAAGCUAGAAAUCAGACUUACUCGGUCACUCCUUAGUCACACACACAACUCUUGAAAGCAGAAGCCGCAGAGGAAGAAGACGUUACAGAGGCUGGAGAAGAAAAACCCAAACUCAUAAUAAACAGUCAAAGAUAAGAUUCCACUACUAAUGCAGGUCUGCUGAGAUAUUUACAAACCCUAAGAAUAACAUGAGUGUACAAAUUGGUCAUACUGGGUUUCUAAUUAAACCUAGUUUGUUUGUUUCACACCCUGAGUUUUCUGCACUUACAUUCCAUAUACCACAGUUGAAUUCAUCAUUGUCAUCUCCUCAAAUUACAUGUUCUAAUGUGGAUAAGAGAAAUGGGAAUGGGUCUAACACUAGAAUACAAUAUUCAGUUGCUGAGAGAACAGUUUCAGAGUCAUCAUCUAGGUCAAAUUCGAAUAGGAAUAGGAGUUCGAAUCGGUUAGGGGGGCGGAAACAAGGGGGUUCUAAUUCUACAACCCUUUAUAGUAGACCUAGUUUAUUAGAAAUGAAGAAUGAUAGAGUAAUAAACCGUGCACGGGUUUAUGAGUUUCUUAAGAGUAUUGGUAUUGUACCUGAUGAACUUGACGGGUUAGAGCUUCCUGUUACGGUUGAGGUUAUGCGUGAACGUGUGGAUUUUCUUCAUAAGCUUGGUUUAACUAUUGAAGAUAUUAACAAUUAUCCGCUAGUUCUGGGGUGUAGUGUGAAGAAGAAUAUGAUUCCAGUGCUUGAUUAUCUUGGUAAAUUGGGUGUGAGAAAAGCUACAUUUACAAAUUUUUUGAGGAGGUAUCCACAAGUACUCCAUUCCAGUGUUGUGGUAGAUCUUGCGCCGGUUGUUAAGUAUUUGCAAGGAAUGGAUAUAAGGCCAAAUGUAAUUCCUCGUGUUCUUGAGAAAUAUCCUGAAGUUCUUGGGUUCAAGCUAGAAGGGACAAUGAGUACUUCAGUGGCUUAUUUGGUAGGAAUUGGGGUUGCAAGAAGAGAGAUCGGAGGAUUAUUGACAAGAUAUCCUGAGGUACUUGGGAUGCGGGUUGGAAGAACGAUCAAGCCUUUUGUUGAGUAUCUUGAAGAUCUUGGGAUUCCGAGACUAGCUGUAGCAAGGUUGAUUGAGAACCGACCUCACAUGCUUGGAUUCGGAUUAGAAAAUCAAGUUAAACCAAAUGUAGAAGCACUACUGGAAUUUGGUGUAGGAAGAGAGUCACUUGCUUCCGUAAUAGCACAGUAUCCUGAGAUCGUAGGAAUUGACCUGAAGGAAAAGCUUAUUUCUCAACAGACCUUGUUCAAGUCAAGCAUUGAUUUGGAUCCCGCAGAUUUCAGCAGAAUGAUUGAGAAAAUGCCACAGGUUGUUAGCCUAAGUCGGUCUCCGUUUAUGAAACAUGUAGACUUUUUGAAACACUGCGGGUUCUCUUUACCACAGAUGAAGAAAAUGGUUGUGGGUUGUCCUCAGUUGCUUGCACUAAAUCUUGAUAUCAUGAAGCUUAGCUUCAAUUACUUUCAAGAACAAAUGGGUCGGGAUUUGGAUGAUUUAGUUGAAUUUCCAGCUUUCUUUACAUACGGUCUGGAAUCAACGGUAAAACCUAGAGACCGGUUAGUUAGAAAGAUGGGUUUGAAAUGUUCUCUUGGAUGGCUUUUGAAUUGCUCGGAUGAGAAGUUUGAAGAACGAAUGAACUAUGAUUCUAUUGACUUAGAAGAAAUGGAAAUGGAGCCAUCAUUUAACAUGAAUUCACUGUUAAGCCCGUCAAGAGAUGAAGACGAAUUCUCUGAAGAUGAUGAUGUUGACAGUGAAGAUGAUGAGUAUGUGUAAUGCUAAAAAUAUCAGACUUCAUAGCCAGUGCCCAGUGGCAGUCUUCAAACAAUGUUGUAGAACUUAAAACAAAGAUGAAGGUUCUUUGACGCUGUAAUGUUAAUUAGUUUAAGCUCGUGAAACAUUGAUUGGUCUGUAAAUCCUCAUUUUGAUAAUGUGUAAACCUGUAUUCUUAAUUUUUUUUGAUAUCUACUGAAUUUGUUAACUGAAA